CCAGUCUUUUUAGAAUCACACGUGAAGCUGCGUGGUAAACUCUAAACUCAAUUCAGCUGGUUGCCUACGAAUAAUCUCUCGUUUUUGUGAAAUAAGAUUUAAAUUCUUGAAACGAAAAAAACCAACAACAAUGCCAUCCGAUUCGAAGAAACGUGAACAAGCGCGCAAGAAGGAAGCGCAAAAGAAACGUAAUCAAAAAAUCACUACGGUCACCUCGAAAGACACAAACGAUGAGAAGGCAACGAAUGGAACAACAAACGGUGCAACCAAUGGUGCUGCCGUCGAACUGACCGAAGAAGAAAUAUUGUGUGCAAAAUUGGAAUUGGAAGCACGUAUCAAUGCCGAAGCUAGAGCCUGUACCGGUUCGUUGGCUGUCCAUCCACGGUCGCGUGAUGUAAAAAUUGCCAAUUUUUCCAUCACAUUCUUCGGUUCUGAGAUGUUACAAGACACUAUGCUUGAAUUGAAUUGUGGCCGACGUUACGGUUUGAUUGGUUUGAAUGGAUGCGGCAAAUCAUCACUUUUGGCCGUCUUAGGUAAUCGUGAAGUGCCCAUUCAGGAACACAUUGACAUUUUCCAUUUGUCGCGUGAAAUACCAGCAUCAACGAAAACCGCACUCGAAUGUGUAAUGGAAGUCGAUGAGGAACGUUUAAAAUUGGAAAAAUUGGCUGAAGAACUGGCGACACGAGAAGAUGAUGAAUCCCAAGAUCAACUCAUGGAUGUGUAUGAACGUUUGGAUGACAUGGCUGCCGAUCAAGCCGAAGCAAAAGCGGCACGUUUACUUCAUGGUCUUGGUUUCACCAAAGAAAUGCAACAGAAACAGGCAAAAGAUUUUUCCGGUGGAUGGCGCAUGCGAAUCGCAUUAGCUCGUGCAUUAUUUGUGAAACCACAUUUAUUGUUGUUGGAUGAGCCAACAAAUCACUUGGAUCUUGAAGCUUGUGUCUGGUUAGAAGAAGAGCUUAGCCAAUACAAACGAAUUUUGGUAUUGAUUUCACAUUCACAAGAUUUUCUAAAUGGUGUCUGUACGAACAUCAUUCAUAUGGAUAAAAAACGUUUGAAAUACUAUACGGGCAAUUAUGAGGCGUUUGUUCGUACUCGCAUGGAAUUGCUUGAAAAUCAAAUGAAACAAUACAAUUGGGAACAAGAUCAAAUUGCACACAUGAAAAAUUACAUCGCUCGUUUCGGUCACGGAUCGGCAAAAUUGGCUCGACAAGCACAAUCGAAAGAGAAAACACUUGCAAAAAUGGUUGCACAAGGUUUGACCGAUAAAGUGGUCGAUGAUAAAAUAUUGAACUUUUACUUCCCAUCAUGUGGAACUGUACCUCCUCCUGUAAUCAUGGUACAAAAUGUGUCUUUCCGCUACAACGAUACAACGCCUCACAUUUACAAAAAUCUUGAAUUUGGUAUUGAUUUGGACACUCGUAUUGCCUUAGUGGGCCCAAACGGAGCUGGUAAAUCAACGUUGUUGAAAUUGUUGUACGGUGACUUGCAACCAACAUCUGGAAUGAUUCGUAAGAAUUCACAUUUGCGCAUUGCACGGUAUCACCAGCAUUUGCACGAAUUAUUAGAUUUGGACGCCAGUCCAUUGGAAUACAUGAUGAGGGCUUUCCCAGAAGUGAAGGAACGUGAAGAUAUGCGUAAAAUCAUUGGCCGAUAUGGAUUGACUGGUAGACAACAGGUUUGUCCAAUUCGACAAUUAUCGGAUGGUCAACGAUGCCGUGUUGUAUUCGCUUGGCUUGCAUGGCAAACACCACAUUUGCUGUUGCUAGAUGAACCUACCAAUCACUUGGACAUGGAAACAAUCGAUGCUUUGGCAGAUGCUAUUAAUGAUUUUGACGGCGGCAUGGUUUUGGUGAGUCACGACUUCCGUCUGAUCAACCAGGUGGCUGAAGAAAUUUGGAUUUGCGAAAAAGGCACCGUUACUAAAUGGAAUGGAAAUAUUUUGGAUUACAAAGAUCAUUUGAAGUCGCAUUGCAUCUCAAAAGAAGUGAAAGAAGCAAAAGAAAACGGCAAGCGAAAAUAGAGCUACAGACGAAUAUUUAUUCAACAAUCUAAAUUUAUUCUGUAGUUUUAUUGUAAAUAACGUGUUCGUUAUUAACCAAGUUCAUUCUUACCAAUACAAAAAAUAAAACUGUUCAACUACCACACAAAAUCCUCGAAA